AUGGAUCGUGACCUUCCUGCGGAUUCGCAUCUUUUUGGAAGAGCACUACACGAGCCAAAUGUCGACCCCGCGCCUUCAACAAAGUCACUCGGACUAAAUACCUUUGGACUUAAUCUACGAGACUAUGGACGUGGUCUUCAAGUCGAGGGGAAAGGCUCUGUCAGGUACACAGGAGUUGAAACGGACGCUGGCGCAAUUCAGACGCUCCAAUCGGUUUCAGUUGCGUGCAAAGUGCACUAUUAUGAGCUACAAGUCCUAAACAAAGGCGAACGUGGCUGUGUUUCGCUUGGUUACGCCGAUUCUGCCUGCGAACUCAAUCGUCCGUGCGGGUGUGAGAAUGGUUCUUUUGGAUAUUUUGCCGCUUCUGGGGAAAUAAAGUCAGGUUCAGAAGUAGGACACUGCUAUGGUCCCACUUUCGGUGGAGGUGACAUAGUCGGUGCAGGGCUGCACGUGGACUCGAAAGAUAUUUUCUUCACCAAAAAUGGUGUAUAUCUUGGUUGUGCAUUUAAAGACAUAAAUGUCUUCAACCCAUUGUAUCCAACUUUUAGUUUGCACUGUAGUGAGGAAAAAGUCGUUCCAAACUUCGGGGCUGUGCCGUUCACUUUUGAUAUAAAAUCUUACAUCGCUGGAUGCUUGAAAAGGGAUGCCGUCGAGGUUUUCCUGAGGAAGCUACAGCCAGCAAUCACCCAUGAACUCGUGAGGGAGUUCUUGAUUUGUUAUGGAUAUUCUGACACCAUCAGUAUGCUCGAUGAGGAAUGGAAGACCGUUGAUGUAAGUGCUUCGCGAUGCCUAAUCGGAUUGAUAACAGAAGAAGGCUUAAAGAUCGAAGGGCUCGACCUAGCCAACCGCUCAGGCAUACGCGCUUCAGUUGUCUCCGAUGUGCUCGAUACAUUUAAGUGCCUUCUCCGACAGAUCGUUCCUGAAGCACAGCAAAAGAACCCGCUUGAUUUUAUCACGGAACGCAAUUUUAGUGAUUUUCUCUGGACUACAACGAGGAUGCAAACCGCGGAGGACAUGGCACAGGCAUCGCCUUGUCUACAGAGACAUGGGAACGUAAACAGGUUGGGUUCAUUUCUGAUCGAUGCUUUCGCCCUCAUGGGAUAUGACACUCCUGAAAAGUGUGAACUCAAUCCUUUAGCAUUUCUUUCACGUGUGGACCUCAUUGCGGACAUGGCUAUUUAUGAGGUCUUAGAGCUGAUGCAUCCAUGUUCUGACAAUGUCAAGUUAUCGCCAAUUCUCGAUCGAGUUCCAGAAGAAAGGCACAGUAGUGCACUGAGAUCAAGACUCUCCACAGAUCACGAGGGCGCGGCGACCUGUGUAACAAAAAUGACCAAAAUGCUCACUGCGUAUUCACGGCGCUCGACCCGUGCGUACGGCUAUGCAAGUCAGGCUGAGCGACUCAUACGUCAUGCGUCGGCACUGGGCAUCGUAUUUUUCUCCAUGUGAUUUUCAUUCACAUUAGUUCACAACACGGUAUUAGUUUCAUGGUUUGAUGGCUCAUAAUGGCGAGUGGUGCUAGUUGAUUGUACCUAGGUGGGGAAUGUUCGCUCACAGAACAGCUGGGCUCUGAGACGCCACCUUCAAGUAGCACAGAGCCCUUUUGCAGAAGCGAGAGAGAGGGCAAGUCUCUGAGACGUUCAGGAUAAUUCGAAAUGUAGACAAAUUUGAAGAAAGGCUCUGCUUAUGUAU